ACACGAAUUGCGUGGUGAACGUAGAGCUCUAUCUUCCAUGUUGCUUGUUUUCAACUCGGGUAUUCUUACCCUCUUCGGCGGUACAAAAUCUUUGAGGUGUUAGUUUGCUGUUCAUAGGUGGGGGUAUCAGAUUUACCAGAAGCCAUGGUUCGGCCAGAGAAACGGCGCCAAGCUCCUGUUGCCAUAGCCAGAAAGCUUCUAGAGGCGGUGAGCUAUAUUCGCCAACAAAAGCAAAUACCUAACCUUGAGCGCAUUACUAAAUACAUGCAACGUGUAUAUGACAUGGGAGCAAAUGAGUGUCGUCGACAACUAAACAAUACCGUUUCGGAUGGACUUAUAACAGAGUACUUAGCUGUUGGCUUCAAAGGGUGUCGAACUGGGUUGGAGCAGGAAGGAUACAAAAUCCCAUCAGGGGAAGAAGCUGAAAUGGAGCGGGAUGGUCAUGACUGGUACUGCUUUGAGUGCCAUGAGCCUGGGGAAGUCUUGCUUUGUAGUGAUUGCUUCCGUGUGUAUCACGCAACCUGCACUAAAGAAGACCUUAAUGGUUCAAAGUUCACAUGCUCUUUAUGCAAGGAAAUUGAGGGAGGAAAGAAAAAAAACAAGAUGAAGAAAAAGAUGCUGAAUACUCUGCUCAGUUAUACAAUAUUAAGGUUAAAAGAGAAGACACGAGAGCUGCACAAGAUUGGAAGCAAGGGGGAACCAGAGGACAUGAGUCGUUUUGUUUACAACAGCAUGGACCUUAACGGCAUGGAGAUUAAGGUGCAGGCAUCACGCUAUCGCUGUGUUGAAGAGUUUUAUGCUGAUGCACAAAUCAUCCUACACAACUGUGUCCUCUUGUAUGGAGAUGAUAAAGGAGGGAUGACGGAAUUGGCAAGGAUAAUGUUGAAAGAUUGCAAGUAUGAUCUUGAUGAGAUUGAGUUGUGCUCUAACUGCUAUUACAUGUCCAAUGCAAAGCCUGAGGGAUGGUUUUGCCAGCCAUGUACCCCUCCUCACGAAUUAGUGUAUGCCAAGUUGAAAGGGUUUGGCUACUGGCCUGCUAAAGUCAUCAAUGAAGUGGAUGGGAAAAUGGAUGUUCGCUUCUUUGGAGGCUGGCAUCAAAGAGCAGUCAUACCAGCAGAGUACAUCCGACCAAUCACUACUAACCUGCGGACGCUAACUGUCAAGCGCACAGCAGGAUUCAACAAGGCCUGCCAAGAACUGAAGGUGCAUCAACAGUUGCUGGAAGAACGAGAGCGAGAAAUGCAGGAACAGGGGAGCACCUCCAAACAGGCAGUGGAUGAAGAUGAGGAAGAGAAAGGAGAUGACAGCAUGGAUUGGGAGGAGGAGGUAGAGGAGGAGGUGGACAUGCGCAAAGUCACAUCUACCAGUGUGGAUGUCAAGCGCCAACAGAAUUCUAGCUCCCCCAAGGCUGCUUCGCCAGAGGAAUCAUUUAUUGUCACGUCCAGUGAAGACAAAGUACCACAAGGGAACGCUCCUAAAACUGUGAUCAAGAGCAUCUCGUCACACACGCAGACCACAAAAAUGAAAACCCACGUUGUCAGCACUCAGACAGACAUCAAGGAGGAGAAUUCAGAUGAUGCUGCUGCUGUUGCAUCAGAGUUGCCUCCUGCAACCUCAGCAUCUGAGGCAGAAUGGCAAGCUCGUCUGGAAGAUGCCAAGACAGAAGUUGCUGAGAAUCUCAAGAGACAGUUUGAAGAAGAGAAAGACAAGGCUCUAAAAGACUUGACUGAAAGGCUGACAAAAGACUUUGAAGAGGACAAGCAAGCAGCUGUAAACAGGGCCAUGACCAACAUCCAGCGUGAGAUUGAAAAAGCCCGCAAAACAACAGAGGAAAAGUGCAAGGAGCAAUACAUGGAGGAGAUGAAGAAGUUAGCCAACAAGCACAAAGAGGCCAUAUCCGCCACCAAGAAAAGGCAGUGGUGCUACAACUGUGAGGAGGAAGCCAUGUACCACUGUUGCUGGAACACAUCAUACUGCAGUGUUCGCUGUCAGCAGGAGCAUUGGCACAAAGAACACAAGCGAGUCUGUCGACGAAAGCGAUGAAUCUUGUCUGUCUAGUUUAUUUUUAGCCUCCUGGCUCUAUCUUCUCCUUCACAUUUUGUCAACUGCCUCUCACAACUUGGUAGCAUAGCAGUUCUCUUCAUUGAACAUCAUUUGUGCUGGGAGUGUUCUGCUGGGCACUGCCACUACAUGUCCAGCCAGAUCAGAUGCACUUAAUGAUGCAUUUUCUAGUCACUCAUGGAGUUGUCACCUGACCUGCAUCUGUGGCUGCAAAAUCUCUCCAUAGUUCUGAAUUUUUCUGAAGUCUGUACAGACAAGAAGAUCAAACAAAAAGCUUCCCUGGUGUGCCCAGUAUGAGCCCAAGUGUUCUGUCAAGUAGAUGGAUCUCAUCACUGCUGUUUGCAGGCAAUAAGUGGCUGCUUUGUGACAACACACACAGAAUAGAAGAACAUUUGUGCCAUUGACCCAAAUACAAUUCAUUGCUGUGAAUGCUUCAGAAGCAAACAUUUUAUGCAUUCCUGUCUGCACUGCAAAAUAAUCCAUGACAGAUCUGAAGAGAUUAUAUAUAUAAAGGCAUGAUGCAUGUCUCCUUCCUGUAUGACUGUAUUGAAGUUGAUACCAUAUCUUGACAGGAAAAAAAACUGCCCCUCCUCGGAGCUAGAAGAGCAAGGUGUGGGUUCUGUGUCCAGCCUUGUGAGUCCCUGCUUAAGACUUAAGGGUGGGUCAACUCAACAGCUGCCUAUGAAUAGUCAUGUGUGUAAUGUUUUUAAUUUGAGAAAGCUUUUUUACCAUGUGUAGCUGAACUGACAGUUUUGGGCCUGUGUGUCAGUUCACAUGAUUUAUAGCCAUUGUGAGUUGCAGCCUGGGAUUUUCACACUAACUCUUGCAAGACUACAGAUGUCACGAAGAUAAUCAACAGUGAUAGAUUUUGUGUGAUUGUUAAUUUGUAAAAAGAAUUUUAGUACAUAUUUCACAGUGGGAUUUUAAUGAUCAUUCAGAAUUUGCAAUAAUAAUUUUUGGUUUAAAGUUUAUUUCAGCUCAUUAUGUGCAAUCUAAAGCAGUGCAGUUGAAACUGUUUUAGGCAUCUUUAAAAAAAAAUUGUCUUUUUAGGUGUAUGCACACAAGUAUUGCUGAACAGAAAAUAUUUUUGUUUUUUAAUUGUUUUGGUCCCUAGAGAGGCUGUUGUGAUUCUGUUCAGCUCAAGCACUUAAAAAAAAAGGAGCUUAAGAGCCAUUGUUGGGAGAUUCCCCACCCUUAACCUCCCCCCCCCUCCCACUUGCCAUAUGGAUUUUGUAGGGACCAUCAUAUUUUGUUGAAACUAUAUGGCUUAGUCUUGUGAAGGAAUGGUUUUAGGCUUUAUGGCUGUUUAUAAAAGGGGUUGGGAGAAAGUAUUUUCAAGCUAUUUUGAGAGAUCAGUAUGUCUAAAGCUUAUUUGUAUUUUCAUUGUGUUUUAAAAAAACACUGGCGGUCCAGUGGUGCAACAAUUAGCACCUGUCAUCAAUACAGUGAGAUAUGGAGGUGUCCUGGGUUCACCCCUCGUCUCAGACACGCUGUUCUUUCUCUGCACGUGGCAUCUGUUUACAUGGUCUGGCUGCCUUGCCGUGAUAUAGCCUUAGGUGCUGGCUCAGAGUAAAACACCAAUUCCUCGCCCCACCCAACCCCAUUAAAAAAACACACACAUGCACAUAUACAUGACAGCAAUAGGAGAUCAGUAAUCUGUUACCAAACUUGAAUGUUGCUAAUGGUUAUAGAAAACAUGUAAGUCAGACAAAGCUUAUUUAGCACCACUGAUCUCAUGCACUUCCCAUCACUCUGUCCUGCUUGGUUUGUUGCCUUAAGAGUAUGUGACUACUUUGCUCACACCCUCCAACACUUCACACACUGUCACCUUUAUUCUCUGUGAUUGUUGUAGGGUAGCUCUCGCUAAAAGUACCAAAGCAAACAGUAACACAUUAACGCUUUAUUUUAAAAUCAUCUAGCAUUGUAUAAAUUCUUACUGCUGGUUUUUUGUUGGGUUUGUUUUUCCUUUGCUUUAAGUAUAGACCUGGAUUUUAAAACUGUGAGCUAUGUAAAGAUUGGUAUGACUGAAAUAAGACAGAGGAAAUCAUGGGUAUAUUAUUUGUUUAUGUUUAUUCUGGUGACAAGGAUGUUAUGUAUACUUACGUAACCAGUGCCAGUGCAAAAGAAAAUUACAUUCUUGAACUUGAUGGACUGUUUUGUCUUGGAUAUGUCCGAUAUCCUAUUAACAGUGUGUAUGUGCAUGCACAAGUGUAUGAGAAAAGAGAGAGUGUGUGUGUGUGCUUGUGUUUAUGGACUGUUUUGUUUUGGCUAUGCCAGAUAUCCGGUUAAACGUGUGUAUGUACAUGCACAAACGAGAAACUGUGUGUGUGUGGCAAAUGUGCACAGGUAGAUGUGCCCAUGCAAUUCGUCUACCUGUGAAGUGAGGUUUGUGCAUAGAUUUUAUUAAGCCUCCUAGGAGUGUGUAUACACUUACACAAUUUAUGUGUAUAUUGUCCUGGUUUUAUUUUCUUGUAAUUACAGGAUGUAGAUAUUGUAACUAUUUUCCUGAUUAUUUAAGCAGCAUUUUAUCAAACUUCAAUUAUCAUUGUGUCUGUAGGAGAAGCUAUCAUGGCAAGUUUAUACCCAAAGGAAAUUACAUAAUGGAUUUGAAUACUACACAUGUUUUGGGUUUCUGCUGUAUAUCAUUUCUUAAGCAGUACAAUUCUUAGCGAGAUUACUGUUUUCAUUGUAUUUUAUUUGCCUGAUGUGGAACUGAAAAUUGUUUUUCACCAAAGUGUGUAUUUUGCACACUUUCUGUGAGUUAAAUUAGUACCUAAUUAGUGUAUUGCUACAUAGGUUUAAGUGCUAGCAUAGGUCAUAUGGGGAAGACAGUUUUCCAAAUGCACAAAUAUUCUGUUGACAUCUGUGCCAGAUUACACAGUCUUCAUGAGUGUAUUUGUGACAAGUGUUCGCUCUGACCUGUUCCUAUUCCUGCAGCCAGUGUGAGACUGCAUCUUUAGUAAAGCCUGUACUCAACGACUUUGAUCAUGACCUCAUGUAUGGAGUCUUUCUGUCCUCAAACCAAAAAAAUUGUUAGCUACCAUCUAUUAAUGGUUUAUUCUCAAUAGUGCAUGAAAAAACAAGUACAGUAGUACCUCUACAUACAAGUUUAAUCCAUUCCGCAACCGAGCUCACAUGUAAGAAAAAACUCAAAUAUUAAACUUGUUUUCCCAUAUAAAAUAAAGGAAAUAGGAUUAGUGCCUUCCAACCCUCCCACAACAACACAAUUUAUAUGUAAAUAUGUAAAACGAUGUAAUAUACAGCACUGUAUAGUAAAUCUUAAUGGCACAAUAAUAUAGAUAAUGAAAUAAUAACUGAAAUAAUAAAUAUCUUACCUUGGAGAAGACUCAACUGUCGAUAACGGACGUAGGCAGAUUUCAGGGGAGGAGGGAGGGAGCUGGAGAGCAGACGGGUGCUGAAUGAAUCAGCUGAUGAGACUACAGUGUUUUUCACUUUAGAUUUUCACUAAGACUAAAACUUGUUUCUUUUUUGACUUUUCAUAACUUUUUAGUUAACCUAAACUUAAAUGCUAUGGCUUUAUUCGUCAUUUGUUUUCGCCUGUUUUGGCUCACUCUCACCUUCUGCACUAUCAGAGCAACAGCUACAAGCGCUUUCUGCGAUGACACAUAAAUGACACGAGCUUGUAUAUCAAAUUUCCGCUCAUAAGUAGAAACAAAAUAUCCAGAAAUUUUUGGCUUGCAUCACGAUUGACUCAUACAUUGGUUCACUCGUAUGUAGAGGUCUUGCUGUACACAGCUGUAUUAUAUGCUUGUGGUAACAUCAUCGCCUCCAUUAAACAAUUAGUGGUAAAAGAACAGGCAAUCGAGUGCUGAAGACUGCAUAAGGGCUUUUUUGUUUUGUUAUCAUUGUGAUGCUUAACAUAGGAUAAAUGUUAUAUUGGAACAGGAUCCAGUUUAAUGAGUUAAAUCCUGAGAUGCUGGAUAAGGUUUGUAAAUCCUGUACUUGCAUAUGACAGGUUUCUAAAUCCUGUAUUUGCUUGCAACAAGGUUUGUAAAUCCUGUGCUUGUAUAUGACUAAGUGAAAAAAGGAAACAAGAACAGCGGGAACAAUUGAAUUUUUAGUAGAUUUGUUGUACACAGAUCAGAAGAGGAAACUGUUGAUGCAUUAGUUACUGGUCACUUCACCUCAUGAACACAUGCAGCUCACAAUAAUAUCUUACUGUCUACAAUCAAAAGGUUAAAAGGAUUUUCUUCAUUUUUGUACAGACUCUUUUGUUUACUAUCUUUUAAAAACAGUCUUCUCAUGCUUAGUGUUUUGUUUUUGUUUUUUGUUACAAAUGAAAGCAACACUUUGUUUUUAGGGUGUUUUUUUUUUAUAGCCAAGAGCCAUAAUUAUCAGACAAAAUCAGUGAAGAGUGGACUACAGAUGUAUUAUGCUGAAAUGGGUAAAGCUAUUAACAGUAUUGAUUAGUCUAGCUGAUGUUUUCUUCACAGUUACUUUCAGUAACAUGAACUGACUGAAUUGUGUAGAGGGAUCAUGGCAAUGUCUCUUAAGGAUGCAAGCUUCCCCUUCCCCUUCAUCACCAGUUGAAACAGCUUGUUUGGUUUGUAUACUUGUAGUGCAGUCUGCUUUGUGCUGUCCAGCAUUGUAGAUAAUGCCCCGUGUCACUUUAUAAUGGACUACAAAUUAACCUAUAAAAUAAAGCAAACCCACAAUUAGCUGUUCAGGGUACCUACAGGUUUAAAGCAUCUGUUGUGUGCACUGUACAUGGAUUACGCACAAAAGUCAUCUUGAGUAUAGCAGCUUGUUUAUAAAAUCUGAUUUUUUGGUUGAUGGCUUCUAUUUGAGAGCUAUAGUACACUCAAGAUGUCCUGGAGAAGUGACAACAUGCUCAGAACACUUGAAUUGUGGGGGUUGUAAAGGUCUCGGGUGAUGCAGUUAUUUCCUCUUGUAAUUUAGUGGCCAUCAUAAACUGAUAAUAGUAAUAUUUUUGAUUAAGCUGAUAAUUGUGUAAACACCUUCCAUUGCAGAUAGAUUAUAAUUAUGGCUUGCUGAUAUAUCCAAGCUAUAUAAUAAUUAUGGCUUGCCAGAUGUGACUUGCUACUUGUUAUUCGUGUAGUUGUAACCCUGAGAAUUCAGCCAACUCUCUUGUUCAUGUGAUUAUAUGUUGAAUUUUAUUCAUUCAGAGUAUUGGAGCUAAUGCAAGGUGAUAGGGGAUUUGCUAGUUGUGACAAUGUUUUGUUUGCUGUUAUAAUUGUAGGAGCAACUGUGCACUACUUACAAAUGAAAAUUUUGGAACUGGAAUAACUAAUGACUUUAAAAAUGAGUGAAUCCAGUUUGGCCUUUUUAAACUUCGUUAUGAGACAUAUUUCCUGGCUCUUGAUAUCACUGCAUCAGGGGUGAGGAACAUCCAGCCUGCGGGUCAUACUAGGCCUGAAAAAUCAUUUGGUCUGGCCUGGCCAAGGCAGAAUUCAAAAUUCAGUAAAACUAGAUUUUUUUUCAUGGCAACAUUAAGUGAAUCAUGAUAAUUAUAUUUUGAUGGACAACAAUGAAUGCCCAUUGUGGGAUAGCGAAGAUACAAAUGAGUGCGUGAUGAGACAAGCACAUGUGGCUAUAUUGUGUGCCCCGAUGUCUGGGACAAAAUGACAGUCUUGGCCUAAAGACAAAGUUCGUUGCCACUCUGUAUAUCAUCUGCACAAUAAAACAAGCUGUGAACGACAGUUUAAAUGCAUAUGGGUGACCAGGUUUUGCUGGCACUUAAGAGACUGGUAAAGGACUAAAUAAGCAUCAUCGAAGUGAGAUACAAGGUUAAAGAAGAGAGGUAAUGAACUUUGUCUUUGUGCGCAUGUGCAGAUCAUGCAAGAUGGUCAUUCAGCCUGGGAGUGUAUGGCUUGCAAAAGUAUUUAUACACAGUGAUGAAACUGCGGCUUUACCAAAAGUAGUAGGCUCAUUUUUAAGUUUAUAAUUUUCUAUGGCCUACGAAUGAUGUUAUAAAUAUUCUAGUACUCUUGGCAGAAAAAAGGUUCCCCACCCCUGCUCUAAAGUAACAAGAUCAGCCAGUACUUGUCAAGAGAAUGAAUGAUUCAUGAUGAAAAUGAUAAGAAAGUGGAUGUGAUAACUCUCAAUUAGACAAGGAGUUGUUGUCUCUGUAGAGAGUGCUGUUUGUUGUUUGGUCAUAAAAAGAUUGUAGGUAAUGGUUUAUUUGCUGGCUCUUGAUUACAUAUAAUAUACAUUAAGAGUUGACACUCACACAUUGCUGUGCUGAUGAUAUUGUUGGCCAGGUCCCAGUCCCGGUCACAGGUUGUUGGUGAAUUGAGGUUAUAAGUGCGAGAAAAUUUUCUUUCAUUCUUUUGUCAGCAACAUCCCAUAUUAAACUCAGUUGAGUCAUUAGAAUAAAGUAGUUGUUUAUUGAUUGUUUCAGGGGAGUCUACUUGUGUACAAGUAUUGCAUGAAAGAAUUCAAUGUGCUGCUGGGAUUACAUUGUGGAUUUUUUUUGUAAAUGAGAUUCCUGUAUGUUUUAAUUGGAAAGCAAGCAGUUGUUGCAUAUUGUUUUACUUUCUAAAUUACAGAGCAGGUCAGUAGCUACAGACUACAGGGAACCUAUUGUUUUGUAAACAGGAUUCUUUGUAUCAUUGAAGAAAAGAGGUUUUCUUUUAUGUAUAUAUUGCCUCAAUAAUGGGGAGGAUCGUUUUGCUCUAGGCAAGAUGUAUAUGAUCCUGUUGUUUCUGAACUGGGGCCUGAGUGGAUCUUCACAUAUGAGCGGUCUUAACAAUAAGGAAAGUGGAAACAAGGAGAUGUGUAUUAAUAAAGUUUCUUGAUGAAUGCUGGGAGCCUCCGUGUGUCAGCGCUGGGAAACUCAGUGUCAAGACCCAAGUGCCUGUCUUCAGGCAUACUGCAGCCACUGUGUGUGUGGCAGCUGAUGGCCAUUGUUAUGACAGGAGAUGCAUUCUGUGUUUGAGACUCCAGCUAUUUGGUUACCUGCAUCUCUUGAUCUGUAUGGGACGUGUGGUGAUGUCCCUGCGAGUGAAAUGUAUGGAGCAGCAGGGGAGGGUUCUCAGGGUAGGGUGUGCUUGCAUGUCUUGUACACGACAGACAUCUCACGAAUGGAACAUGAGGUAAUUUAACUUUGUGUUUCCAUGGACCCCAUGGUGGAACAUUACAAAGUAACAUAUACUUCUAUGGUAUCAGCAGAAAAUUUAGAGGAAGGUCUGUUUGUCUUCUAAGUGCCUUCCAGUUGACCAGCAGCGCUGGGAAGUCAGGCAGCCAGUGCUUGCUUCAGAAACCUGUGCCUGCCCACUGGGAUACUGCUUCGCAAAGUCAUGAAGUUGUGCAUCAGUUUUAGUAGAGCGGCAGGGCUACGCAUCAGAUGCACAUCUUGUGAAUGAGCUCCUGCACAUGUGGCUUGAUGCUUCUUUGAUAGGACCUUUGUAGCUGGUUUUGUAUCUUGGGUAGGCAAAGGGCUAAAAACUGGGAGUUAUUAGAUAUUUUUUCUUUCUCUCCAACAUAUUGAGAACUUGUUUGAAAUAAUUGUUUCAUUGGUGACAUUUCCUGGUCAGCUAUUGUCACUGUAAAGGUAUUUUGUAGAAAUAUUUUUCAAUUUUGCACUCUUAGAAUCAAGAUCAUAGUUUGAAGCAAUUUGUUGCACAUGAGCAUUUUAAGUCUGAAUUUUUAGAUCAUUGCUUCUGCUUACAUACUAUGUGAUGAUAUGUAUGUUUUGAUUGAGAAAAUAGCUUUUAGUCAAACAUGCUUUCAGAAUAUGGUUUCUACUGAGAAAUCCAACAUGGUCUCUUUUUAGUAUAGUCAGUUUUUCAUAAUUUAUUUUUAUGAAAUGUUAAUAUGACCAAAACAUUGGUUAACAAUUUUAUUUGGAGAAAAUGAAGACAAUUGGAUAAUAAUCAGUUUAUGAAAUAGAUAUUAUAAAUAUAAUAUCUUUGGUUCCUUGUAUACAUGUUGAUCAAACAGCAAAAAAAAAAAAAGUUGGUUAGUGUAUAGAUUUAUUUAUUGACCUGAAAUAAAGUAACUAUUUCUAAUAACUCUAGUCUAAGAUCUUUUGUUAUUCCAUCAUGCAGUAAUUACUGUUGUAACUACCAAAGCAGGUUUUUGAAAACAGAAAUAUGGAAAUCGAAAGCAAUCUCUUCUUAGGUUUGUCAUGUGCAGCUGUACAGGACUCUCACCUUAAAAAGAAAGUGUUGUUUAGUCUGUGGUCAUUAGAGGAACCAGACCUACAGCUACCACCAGGCACUACAAGAGGCAUUCAACUGAUGCUGCCAUAGAGACAGUGUCUUACACUGGCUGGGUGUGCUGCUGUUUUGGGGGGAGGGGUUGUUUUGUUAUGCAUAACCCUGCAGAUGCUUGCCAUAGUUCUAUGAUUCUGCUGAUGCUCAAAAAGCUCACUUGAAAUGAUAACAAAGUUUAUUAAUGCUUGUUGACUUCGAAGCAGAACUAAAUCAAAGUUGAAGGUUACGUUUCAAAAUAGUUGUACUUCAUAAUUUUCAAGUCUGAUAAUGAUUCUUAAAUUGCAGUGUAGACCAUAUGCAAGAAAAAGCCAUUUCAAUGUAGACCAAAUAUAAGUAACAGCCGUUUCGGAUAAAGAACUUUUAGAGAUGAUGGCUGAGUUGCAUGACUGUUCCUUUUCCACCAUUACAGUACCUGCCAGGCUACUAACCGUAUUGGCAAAAGAUAUUUGAAAUUCUCCACUAAGUGAAUAUUUUGGAGAUGUGUGAAGGUUUUGCAGUCAUCUAGCCAAGUGUUUCUAACUUUGAAACUGGCAGCCUAUGUCACAAGGUGAUGUGCUUCAGACCCAAGGGUAUGGAGCCCACAUUGGGAUCUGCUGUCUGUCAAAACAACAAAAUUAUCAGUGACGUAGAGAGUCAGGCCAGCAAAACUGUCAGUAACUUAAAUACCUAAAUCAGCUAAAACUUCAGUCUCCGACAAUAAGCUGGGAGAUGUUUUACUGCAGAUUAGCCAACAUUCUGAAGAAUAACCAUUUAGAAGCAGAAAUUAUUGUCAUGUUUCUUGACUGAAUCUGGACAAAGGAUGACCUCGAAGAUGCAUCAGUUUAAGCUUAUAUACUGUGAAUAUUUUUUAAAAGGGCAGUUUGUUACCAGAUAAUCACAGGAGAAAAUAAAAUGUAUUCAUGACAUUUAAGUCAGCAUAUCAAGCACUUAAGUGACAAUAAUGAAAUUGAUGCUAUUUUGGUUGAAGACAUCUGACAAGGUCACAAGAUGGUCCGUGGAGACUUGUACUUAAUUGUUUCAUUGAACUUUUGAAAAGCAUUUGAAAAACUGUUGUAGAUUUGAUUUUAACAUAGCUCUUAAGAGCAUUGUACUAUAAAAAAAAUAUGAAGCCGAGAUUUACAGCAAGUGUGAAACAGACUGUUCUGAAAGAGAUAUUUCAAUGUGUGUACGUGUGUAUAUAUAUAUAAAGGCUGGAAUAUUUCUGUUAAAGCUACACUAGUGAGCUUAUAUGGACACGACUCUUGAUAAAAGAAUACUUCCCACAUGUUUAUAUAAAUCAUGCCAUCUACUAGUUACUUUGUUGCCAGUGUGAGUAUAGCUGUCUCUCAGCUUUUACUCUUAACUUUAUAAAAAAAAAAUAUUUUGAGCGUAUAAAUGUGCUUGCUGAGAAAGGGAAGUAAAGCCAGUGAAAUGCGUGUGGCUUGUGCUGCAAAUGACUGCUUGGAUGGCUACAUCAGCCUUCAUUGCUGCUUCUUAUCAUGACUUUUGUACAAGUCGAGUAUUUUACCCACAAAAUAAAUGAUUGCUUCUGGA